AUGCUCUGGCGUUUUGACUCGCCGCCAGCCCGAAACAAUUCAAUCAAAGGCCAUGGAAGCCCGGACUCGGGACCAGCGUAUCCCGCACGUCAAGUAAACUCUUCGACGAGAGUUACUUGGCAGAUUCUUCGAUCAAGUAACAGCAACGUACCAGACCUCUUGUGCGCCGCCGGAGGAGGACCAGCUCGCCUCGCCAGAUUGGGGUCCUACAUGUCCGUAUGGUUCCAUUUUGCCACCGGCUUUGCAGAUUUGCAGCCCUCGUCAGUCUCUUCCUCUUUUUUGUUUUUCUCUCAGUCCUUUUCGUCUCACAAUUCGCCCUCGACAUUUCUGCUGUAG